GAGGAUAAUCCGGGGAGUUUUGUCGGGAGCGCGAAAAUGUCAGCCACCUUUCCGGGACUGGUUCAUGAUGCAGAGAUACGUCACGACGGAUCAAACAGCUACCGUUUGAUGCAGCUCGGCUGCCUGGAGUCAGUGGCCAACUCGUCGGUGGCUUACUCGUCGUCGUCUCCGCUCACAUACCCGGCCACCGGGACCGAGUUUGCGUCGCCGUACUUCCCUGCAAACCACCAGUACACGCCCUUGCACCAUCAGUCUUUCCACUACGACUUCCAGCACGGGCACCACGCGGCCGUGAACGCCGACGCAUACUACUCGCAGCAAUACUACCAGCAGUUGCACCAUCACGGCGAGCCGACCGACUUCAUCAACCUGCACGGCGCGCGUGCGCUUAAGUCGUCGUGCCUGGACGAACAGCGGCGCGAGCUGGGCUGCCUGGACGCCUACCGACGUCACGACCUAUCGCUAGUGAGCCACGGCUCGCAGUACGGUGUGCACCCCGAACAAAGGCUGCUGCCGGGGGCCGGUCUGGGGCUUCCGCCGCCGGGGGCUGAUGACCUACAGGGGUCUGUGGACGCGCAAUGCGGGCUCAUGUUGAACGGACAAGGCGGGGUUAUCCGGCGAGGAGGCACAUGUGUGGUGAACCCUACAGAUCUGUUCUGCUCAGUUCCUGGGCGUCUCUCUCUCCUCAGCUCUACCUCCAAAUACAAAGUGACCAUAGCAGAAGUCAAGAGGCGACUCUCUCCUCCAGAGUGUCUGAAUGCCUCACUGCUGGGGGGCAUCCUCAGGAGAGCAAAGUCUAAAAAUGGCGGUCGGUGUCUGAGAGAGAAGUUGGACAGGUUGGGGCUGAAUCUCCCAGCAGGCCGGAGGAAAGCCGCCAAUGUCACACUGCUCACGUCUUUAGUGGAAGGUGAAGCCCUACAUCUGGCAAGGGAUUUCGGCUACACCUGUGAGACAGAGUUUCCCACUAAAGCUGUGGGCGAACAUCUGGCCCGGCAGCACACGGAGCCUAAAGAGCAGAACGCACGCAAGAAAAUGGUGCUGGCCACCAAGCAGAUUUGUAAGGAAUUUCAAGAUUUGUUAAGUCAGGAUCGUUCUCCAUUGGGUUCAUCAAGACCGACACCAAUCUUGGACUUAGAUAUUCAGAGACAUCUAACACAUUUCAGUCUGAUCACACACGGUUUCGGGACGCCGGCAAUCUGCGCGGCUCUCAGCACCUUCCAGACGAUCCUCAGUGAAAUGUUGAACUACUUGGAGAAGCACUCGGCCAAUAAGAGCACGGGGACACCGGACGGCGGCCAGAUCAACUCUAACUCGGAAAAGACGCCGCUACGCAAAACAAACGAGGCGCCGUCAAAAGACGGAAAAAUGGAGAAAACGGAAUGA